AUGAUCGAUUGCAAGCCUAUUAACACCCCCGUGGAAUGUGGAGUCAAGCUAACAAAGCAUGAAAAUGGAGAAAAUGUUGAUGCAACUCUUUUCAAGAGUCUAGUUGGAAGUUUACGGUACUUGCCUUGCAUAAGACUAGAUAUUCUUUUUGGAGUUGGGCUGGUAAGUCGCUUUAUGGAAGCACUCACAAUGACUCACUUUAAGGCUGCGAAAAGAAUUCUUUGUUAUGUUAAAGGAACAAUUGAUUUUGGUUUAUCUUAUUCAUCCUCAAAUGAAUACAAGCUUGUUAGCUAUUGUGAUAGUGAUUGCACUGGAAACUUGGAUGAUAGAAAAAACACUUCUGGCUUUGUGCUUUUCGUGGGAAAUAUAGCUUUUACUUGGAGUUCAAAGAAACAAUCGAUAGUAGCACUUUCUACUUGUGAAGCUGAGUACGUUGCAGUUACAUCAUGCACUUGUCAUGCAAUUUGGCUAAGGAAUUUGAUGAAGGAUUUGCAAUUUGCACAAGAGGAAACAACGGAGAUCUUUGUUGAUAACCAGUGUUUCAUGAUCGAAGUAAACAUAUUGAUACAAGGUUUGGUUUGCAACUUUUCUGUCACGGGUUAUGGUGGAGUAGACAUAAGUGCAUAUGGUGUGGCGAUGGGGGAUAGUGAGUUGUGGGGGGUAGGUAAUGGUGGCGAGUUUGCGAUGGUAGAGAUAGAAGGCAGAUGUGAUGAAUGUGAUGAUGGGUUUGUGAAGUAA